CUCCUUUUACGACGGGCCCUCGGAUUUUAGCUUUUUUUUUCUCACUCUCUCUCUAUCCCUCUGCCGUGCGUGAGUGUGUGUAUUUAGCUCUCGGGCAAGCCACUUGUAGCCUCUUGAUGCUUCUUGUAUAGUAGCCAGGUUCAUCAAGCGCGCGCGAAUUUCUACCACUGCCAACUGUUGUUGGACUCUGCGUUUGUCAGUGAUAAUCGCUACCGCUGCUGCCGUGGAUGCUCUAGCAAAACUGAACUGCACCGAGUUCGCGAAUCGUUUACAACCUGCCGACGAUCGUUCGUUAACUUCGCGAGUUGAACGCGCGAGUGUGUACAUUGGAGCCCACGAAUUCCGGUAGGCUUUUCGUGACCCACAGUCCAAUAAAUCGACAGCCGUGGACCAUAUCAGACCGCUUUGAUCUGUUCUAACGCAAUAGGAUAAACCGCAAUGAAUGCCAACAAGUGUGGUUUUAUAGAAACUGGCGAACUUUUCCGCCAAUAGUCUCUAAAUGUUGGCCAGUGUAUUCUGAACAAAGUGUAAUGAAUCGUGACCGGGUUAAAUUUUACUUGAACUAAUCCAGUCGUGAGAAGCAAACAAAAGUCAAAAAAAAAAGAAACAUUGACUCAUAAACAGCCGAACCCAACUGUAGUUAGAUUAAUUCAACCGCUGUGUCGUCAACCCGGAUCGCCCCCUGACUGGUUAUUGUUCAUAACCGCCGCAAAUACUCGCUCCGCGCACGAAAACUCGCCCAAUUCUGCCGAAGCACUGUGUGAUAACUGUAGAGUCUCGUUAAUUUAAGUCGUAAUCGCCUUCUAGCAAAUCACCGGCUGCUCUCCUAGUGCGUAAAAAGUGUCAGUGUAUGUGCAUUUCUAUCGUAAUCCUGCGAUUCGAAGAUAAAACAGCACAGCUUAGUGCUCCGUUCAGGCUCCGACACAAAGGCUCGUAGUUUUAAAUUAGUUUAUUUUGCAAAAAUUUGUGAUACUUGAAUGUGCCUUUCGGAAAAAAAAGUUUAACCGAAAAAAGUUUGCCCAAACGAACCCCGCGCACAGUGAGCCGAAGAAAGUUGUAGCCAAUCUUAGUAAUCCCACCUGCUUUGUCUGUCUACCUGCCCCGUGUAUCGGACGUUCCGUAGAUUCCGGUUCCGUGGAUUACUGCUGCUUGAAACUGUACUGUGCGAACUGUGUUGUGCUAGUGAUUCCCGGAGAAUUUUUCUGCAGUAACGGUCAGCCGCGACCUGAAAGGCAGUCCAAAGGUGAUCCCCGACAUGAUUAUGGUAAGACGGCAAUGAAAGCUUAAUUUUCGCACCUUUCGCUUCUCUUGAUCUCGAGGAACUCGUCCGCCCACCGGAUAAGCCCAAUCGGCGAGCCCAUUCGAAUGCAAACAACGAUGUUACCAACUGCUCGUGCUGUUUUAUGCUAAGUACAUUACAGGGUACCUAACCCCCCUCACGAUAAUCACUGUAAUCUUCCAUUGCACCGCGGAUUAAAUACCGUCCGCCAAUGCUGUCGGUAUAGCAACUGUGGAAGAGCGCAAAGACAGAGAGCAAAUACUACCUGUUCAGACAGCCCCCACGUGCUCGCAUUAUUUCCCGUGCUCUCUCUAUCUUUCUCUCUCUCUUUGUGUAUGCUUACGGCAACCGCCAAGGCAGAGCCUUUGCUGUAUAACGCAACAUAACGAAACGUACCGGCCACAAAGGACGGAGAGGGGAAAGUUUAUCUACACCCGAGCAUAAAUCAAAGACACGCUGAACGAAACGGGCGAAGCCUUAACGAGCUGGGCGAAGUCAGCACGCGGCAUGACGUUUCGUUGUGUCCCUUCGUACGACGCCAGCGCUCAAUGGACACUCACGCCGUCCCUUCAAUCGCAGCUGGAGCGGCUUACUAGUCAUGGAGGCAUAGGACUGACGAGUGGCAGUCCGGCAUAUACCACACACACCGGUGGUCACACAGGCCGUAACGGACCGACCAGCGGGCACGGCGGUAGCCACGGAGGCUCGCACGGUCCCGGCCCCACGAUGCACCACCAAACGUUGCAGUCGGACUUCCAGCCACCCUACUUUCCGCCUCCCUUUCAUCAUACCACGCAGAGUCCUCCACAGCAACAGAACCAUGGUCUGGAUUAUCUAAGUACAGAUCCCUACGGUCAACCGUUGUCCUCGCUUCAUCACGCUCCCCUGCAUCACUAUAAUCAGCUGGCCGGACUAAGACCAUCCCAAGAGCAGCUGGGACUGCAUCGAUCGCACCGAGAAUCCGAACUUCAGCAGCAUGUGACGCAGCUUUCACAUGGCUUUCCAUACUCGGACAGACGGAGCGAUUACAGCGGUUCCAUUGGCAGCGGAGCCGGAGCAACCCGGCUUGGAGCCCACGAGCAUGAUCCGCUGUCGCUGCACCAGGCGCUGCAGAGUGCCGUAGACGAUGGUCAGAAUCCGGUGAUAGACGAGAACGCGGGCUUCAUGAGCGAUCUGCCGCUGCUGAAAAAUUUCCCCAUCGCCGACAUCAAGAAAGACAGCAGCCAGAUGAACAUCGGUUCCCCAUCCGAUGUGUUCUGCUCCGUUCCCGGCCGGCUCAGUCUUCUUUCCAGCACCUCUAAAUACAAAGUGACGGUCGCGGAAGUGCAGCGACGCCUGGCGCCGCCUGAAUGUCUCAACGCGUCCCUCCUGGGGGGUGUCCUAAGACGGGCAAAGAGUAAAAACGGAGGACGACUGCUGAGGGAAAAGUUAGAGAAAAUCGGUCUCAACUUACCGGCGGGAAGGCGCAAGGCAGCUAACGUUACACUGCUAACCUCGCUAGUGGAAGGCGAAGCAAUCCAUCUGGCGCGUGAUUUCGGCUACGUUUGCGAAACCGAGUUCCCGGCGCGCCAGGUCGCCGAAUACCUCUCCCGACAGUACUCGGAACCGCAGGAGUCGUACCGACGGAAAGAACUGCUCAUCAAUACCAAACAGAUCACAAAAGAGCUGAUGGAUCUACUGAAUCAAGAUCGGUCUCCGCUGUGUAACACCAGGCCGCAGCACAUUUUGGAUCCCUCGAUACAGCGACAUCUUACGCACUUCUCACUUAUCUCGCACGGUUUCGGUUCGCCCGCCAUCGUUGCAGCACUGACAGCUAUUCAGAACUUCCUCAACGAAUCCAUCAAGCACUUAGACAAAAUGUAUCCCGGAAACGGCGGAAGCAUGGUGACCUCAUCUCUAGACAAAAACAAAAUGGACAACGAUAAGAAAUGACAGUUAUAAAAUUAUCUGUUCACUAAAAUUGAACGAUUUUAGUCGAAUGCAGCCAGUUUUUGGGGGAAGAGGAAAAAGGUUAUGGAUAAUUAUUAAUAACAAAGACAGCAAAAUAUCACAACCGAAGCCGAGAAACGCUUUGCUAGUUUUGUUGUCCCUAAUUUUGUAAAAAAAAGCCAACCGCAAGUAUUGUGAUGUAUAAACAGAAUAAACACAACGCAACUAUAGCAUAGAAAGAGAAAUGACAAGUUACACUAUGAGAUUUCAACAUAGAUUGAUUAUAAUUAAAUUAUUAUUGGUCACCACGCAAGCGAAAAUUCGACAGUCUGCACGUUUCAUCUCUCGGUGUUCUCAAUAUAUUUAACUGUAAUCAAUUGAACGUAUAAUCGUAAAGUAUUGUUUAGUAUUUUAUAAUCAUUUUGUGAUAGACUAUUGUUUAAUAUUGACCUAUGUAUAGAGCCUAGCACAUGUACAUUUCCAUUUGACUUUCGAAAUGGAUAACCAUGGGUACUUGUUUCGCCUGCAAUCUCUUUUAGGAACAAACUCUGGUCGAAUGCCGACUUAGCCAACAGCCAGCCCAUGGUUUAGUAAGAUGACUGACACGAGCACCUAACGGAAAACCUUUAUUUAUUGUUUACACUUAAGCUAUUCCAAUGUUUGACAAAAGAGCCGAUAGAGGCUUAGGAUAUUUGUGAAAUCAUGUGCCAAAAUGAGAGCCACGAACGAGUUAUUCAACUAACAUUCGAUUGCCAUAAUCUGAUUAACUUGGAGGUGCCAACACCGUACUUUUCUUAUCACGAAAUUCAAAAACAGCUCAAAAAAAUGCGCCAAUUAAUUUUCCCAACAGUGCCAUGAUUCCAAUUGAUUUUAAACAUUGACGGAAUCACGUCAGCCAUAUUUGUUGCCUUUUUUUUUAUUUCAGAUAAAAAUAUUCGAAAUCAAUCACAUAUUAUUGCCAUUUUCAAUCGAACUAAGAAUAUCAAAUUGGAACAGUAUGAAAUAACACUUAGCCAACAAUUUUUCUUCAGGUUGUCGUCACACAGUCAUUGCAUUGUAAAAUUUCGUAACAUAAUUUACCUAAAUUAUCGAACAAAGCACGAAAACUGUUGCUCCGCAAUAGUAAUCGUUAAUGUACAAAACAAAAUUCGAUUAGAAAAAUAAAUACAUUUUCCAAACUAAAUUAAGAAGCUCAGCAUCCAGCAAAUAAGCCCGAAACCGACAUUCCGCACAGUUUCUACAUGUUUACACAAUAUUUGGUCCAGUUUGAAAUGAUAACCAAUACAGAGCAAGUUUUUCCUUCAUUCACGCAUUUCAGCAUUAAACAGUAAAACGAAGCAAACUUACAAACAACAAUCAAACACACACACAAAAAAAUGGAUUAUCCGGUAAUUUCAAACAAAUAGAGGAAACGGUUUUGUAAAAGCAAACUCAAAUCAACAACAUCGUUCGCCUGGACGGCAAGAGGCGGUAUUAUAAUGAAAGAAAAAAAGAAGCAUUCUCUACUGGAACCGAUCUAGAAAAUUAAGAAAUUCAAUUUAAAGCAAAUCACAAAGUUGUAAAUGAGAACGGUAUAAGAACAAAUUUCAGAAGUAUUAUAAAUUUAAAUUAAUGAAAAUAUAUAUUUUAAACUCA